AUGCUUCGUACUCCGUCGAAGCCUUCACGAGGUCUGGGUUCCCCAAUUUCUUUUCGGCAUCGGCUGCAGGUCGUAGAGAGAAAGGGCAGCGUCGAUUGUUGCGUUUUUUGGGUUCGCCAAUCGUUGUGCAAACGGUUCCCCACCGCCUUCUCUUUCACCGGAGUCGAAGACCGGAGAGCAAGGACAGAAAUCGGCGUUUUGGGUUGGGAUUUUGAGCUGGCUUCCCUCGCCUUUCCUCGUGUCUUCAGCUGGAACAGGGGAGAGGGGAAAUGUCGAAAUGGGGGGGAAAUGCGAGUUCAGCGAGGUCCCGGCGGCCUGGACUUAACUCAAGCCUUCUUCAAGCCCAUUUCCAACGCCGAGCCACCGUCCCCAACCAAGCGCCACUCCAAAAUCACCGUCGUCGGAGUUGGAAACGUCGGCAUGGCUAUCGCCCAGACUAUCCUCACCCAAGAUCUGGCCGACGAACUCGCCCUAGUCGACGCCAAGGCCGACAAACUCCGAGGCGAAAUGCUCGACCUCCAGCACGCCGCCGCCUUCCUCCCCCGAACCAAAAUCCAAGCCUCCCCCGACUACGAUAUCACCGCCGGCUCCGACCUCUGCGUCAUCACCGCCGGAGCCCGCCAGAUACCUGGCGAGAGCAGGCUCAAUCUUAUACAAAGAAAUCUCUCCUUGUUCAAGUCUAUUGUGCCGCCGUUGGCUAAGUACUCGCCGGAAUGUAUACUGCUGAUAGUUUCUAACCCCGUCGAUGUGUUGACUUACGUGGCCUGGAAGCUAUCCGGGUUCCCGGCGAAUAGGGUUAUCGGCUCGGGCACCAACUUGGAUUCAUCCCGGUUUCGGUUCUUGAUCGCCGAUCAUCUCGAUGUCAAUGCACAGGACGUGCAGGCCUACAUUGUCGGGGAGCAUGGAGACAGUUCAGUAGCACUAUGGUCGAGCAUAAGCGUUGGAGGAGUGCCAGUUCUAAGCUUCUUAAAGAGGCAACAAAUUGUUUAUGAGAAGGAAACUUUAGAAAAUAUCCACAAGUCAGUCGUGGAAGGCGCAUAUGAAGUGAUAAGAUUGAAAGGCUACACGUCAUGGGCAAUCGGGUACUCAGUGGCUAGCCUAGCUCGGACAAUACUGAGAGACCAAAGAAAAAUACACCCUGUCUCAGUCCUUGCGAAGGGAUUCUAUGAUAUUGAUGGUGGUGACGUGUUCCUUAGCUUGCCAGCACAGCUUGGUAGGAGUGGCGUCUUGGGCGUGACCAAUGUGCAUCUUACGGACGAGGAAGCACAACAACUGAGGAAUUCGGCCAAGGCAAUUUUGGAGGUGCAAAUUCGGUCAGAUUCUGGGCAGUUAGCCUGGAAUUCUGUGCUUGGGUGUUCUAGCUUUGCAAAGUCCUUAGGUUCAUUUCGGUUCUACCUUCUCCAUUGGUUCGGUGGAGUUUGGCCAGACUCAGAUUUUGGGCAGUUCAUUCCAGCUUCAUCUUCAUUCUUCAUGCUUCACUGGAAUUUUCGAAAUCUGCUUGAAGUUUUACUUGGUUUGGUCGAAUUUCUUGGGUGUUCGCAGUCCAAGCAUGUGAUGACAUUUAGUGCUGGAUUUGCUCUUGCUGCAAAAAAUGCAGAGUAUGCUGCCUAUUUACAAGGCAAGAAAUUUGAAGUUUCCUCUUCACAUAACGCUGCCCAACGUUCUCCAACUGGGAAAGUGGAAUUUGGAUACACCAACUUGAGGGUAGCCUUAAUGAGUAGCUCUAAGGCACCAACUCGAUGGUAG